UUUAUAGUUGAGAUACAUUGCCAAAAAAAUCUGCCCAAGGUCCUGUUCUCCUAUCUUCCUAUCCUCCACUCCUUUAGAGCCAGAGGAGUAAGCAGAUAAAAAAAAAACAUGGGAGGAGGAGCCAUGCAUAUGGACUUAAUUCCUAUGAUUCAAUUCAAACCUUCCACUUCUGCCAUCCCUUCUUUGCCAUCUACUUCUACUAGUCUUAACUUUCCUGUAUCAGUUAGUGAAACUAUUGCAUCUCUUGGACAGUCUUGUACUGCUUCUUCUUGUUAUUGUCAAAGUGGAACUUGUCCAAGAAUGUUACAGUCUGUAAUACAUGGAAAAGAUCAUGAUACAAGGACGAAUGGGGUGUCUCCUUAUAAUGUUGUUCUAGGCACUGUGCCAUCACAAUUGGAAGUUGAAAGCGCCAUAGCUUCCCUUCAAAAUUUUUUGAGUGAGGUUUCUUCAUCUGGGCAGAUGUUGUUGGACUGUUGUGGUGUUAGAACAUUGCUGUCUCUUGGUUAUGGAAGAGUUCGUGAUGCUUUUAGAUUGCUGCAAACUGAUCCAUCUAUUAAGAGACUGGUGAUUUCUCUAGCAUCUGAUAAGGCUGUCUGGGAUGCUGUUAUGAGCAAUGAGGCAGUGAGGAAGCUGCAAGGGUCUUGCUACCCAGCUGAAGAUUGUAGGAAAGAAAGCUGCGAGGAAGAAUCGGACAUAGCUGCUUGCGUUUUGAGGUGGAUCAUGGACAUCACUAAAGCCAAAAUUAUUGAACUCCUUGAUAAAUUCACACUAUUAAUGAAUGAGGUUUUUCAACCAAUUGAGAAGGAAAAACCCGGAGAAGAAACCAAUCAUAAUGUGGAUGACAAAGUUAGAUCAUCACUGCUUCUCUCCAUUGUGAUCCUCUUGAUUGUAGUUGUGGCAAGGACUCGCGGAGCUUAACUGCCUAGCUAGUUGAUGGUUGCCCUAAACUAUGAACUUGUAUACCCUUAUCUGUUUAUAUUCAUAGAUGAAACAUUUUUGUUUUAUAAAUAAUCUCAAUUGCUUGAA